GAAGAAAACUUGAAGGGAAGUUGUUUGAGUUUUGUAUCUUAGACACGACUGAAUCAUCUUUGAGCUGCAGUGACAGACGCUUUAGCUAUUCUUAGCUAACAAUUAUAAUAUAUUUCUUUUAUAUUGUCAGUAUUAAUGGAGUUGUGUGAAAUCCUGUAUAACAAAGCAGAAUACAUUGAGACGGCUUCUGGGAACAAAGUGAGUCGACAGUCGGUGCUGUGUGGGAGUCAGAACAUCGUCCUCAACGGCAAAACGAUCGUGAUGAACGACUGCAUUAUCAGAGGCGACCUGGCAAACGUCAGAGUGGGCCGGCACUGUGUGGUGAAGAGUCGCAGCGUCAUCCGGCCUCCAUUCAAAAAGUUCAGCAAAGGAGUGGCAUUCUUCCCACUGCACAUCGGGGACCACGUCUUCAUCGAAGAAGACUGCGUGGUGAACGCGGCGCAGAUCGGCUCCUACGUCCACAUCGGCAAGAACUGUGUCAUUGGGCGCCGCUGCGUGCUGAAGGACUGCUGUAAGAUCUUAGACAACACAGUGCUUCCUCCCGAGACCGUGGUGCCGCCUUUUACUGUCUUCUCUGGAUGUCCAGGUUUAUUUUCAGGCGAGCUCCCAGAAUGCACGCAGGAUCUGAUGAUUGAUGUAACCAAGAGCUACUACCAGAAGUUCCUGCCCCUCAGCCAGAUCUGAGCCCCCUGAACCGUCAACAGGCCCCGCCCCCACCCUCUGAAUGCAGAUCGAUGUCGGCGCUUCUCCUUCACCACACAAGGAAAAUUAUUUGAUCUUUUUAUGAGCCCUUAAAA